UCACUUUCCUAAACCGGGCAGCAGCCUCUGAGUUAAGUUGAGUCGCGAGCGAGAAACAGGCAGGAGUCCGUGAACAGCCAAACUUUUAAUGUAUACGGGCCGAGUCGGACUGUGUUGAGGAGCUCUACUUUCUCUGCUUAUGCAUCCUCCUGCUGGGCUUAGUCAAACAUCGGCUCGCUGUUUUCUUACCGGUUCGGUAGCUAAUCGGUUUUUGGCACAAAAAGCGGUUGUGUGUCAGAUUCUUUUAUGUGUCCAGCUCUGCUGCGACUCCAACUCAUUACAGGCCCUGACUGAGUGAUUGAGUGAACGACUGCAUGGACCGGACUGAACAUGAAGAGCCUUAAAGCCAAGUUCAGAAAAACUGAUGCCAACGAGUGGAACAAAAACGAUGAGCGCCUGCUUGCUGCGGUGGAGCAUGGCGAUGUGGAGAAGGUGGCGUCACUUCUUGCCAAGAAAGGUGCCAGCGCUGUAAAACUAGACAGCGAUGGAAAAUCAGCUCUUCAUGUAGCAGCUGCUCGCGGUCUGACAGACUGCCUGUCUGUCAUCUUGGCUCAUGGAGCUGACCUGUCAAUCACUGAUGCUGCAGGUUUGAAUCCGUUACACCUGGCUGCAAAGAACAAUCACAUUGAGUGCUGCAAAAAGAUCAUUCAGAGUAAAAGUCCUGUUGAUGCUAUAGACGGCUCGGGGAAGACUGCUCUGCAUCAUGCUGCUGCCAGUGGGAACAUCCAGACUGUCCAGCUGCUGUGUGAGCUCAAAAGUACCGUCAACCUCAAAGAUGCCGACGGACUCACCCCUUUGCUGGUUUCAGCCAAACACGUUGAUGUGUGCAGCACUUUGCUGGACUACGGUGCUGAAAUCAACACUUCUGACAAUAGUGGCAGGACAGCCUUGAUGCUUGCCUGUGAGUCCAACGCUGUGUCUGUGGUUGAGGUUCUGGUUCAGCGAGGAGCAGAUCUGUCCGCUGUGGAUUCACAGGGCCACGAUGUCGCACACUACGCCAAACAGGCGGGUAACUCUGAGGUCAAAUCUGCGCUUACUGUUGCCCUAAACAGAAAACAUGUCUCAGAUGUAAAGUCUCCUAAAAGUCCACAGCAUGAUCAAGUAGCUAAGCUAAGUGAUGAACGGAUCACAACUCCCAAAAAACGAAAAGCACCUCCACCUCCUAUUAGCCCACUGCAGAGUUCUGGACCCUCCUCUCCCUCAUUCAUCACCUCCUCUGGGACCCCUGCAUCCAACACAAGUGACACUCCAAAAAGAUUCAUCUACAAGGAGGAUGAGAUUCAAGGAACGCCACUGAGAGAAGAAGUCGAGAAGCUCCACGAGGAGAGAAACAUGUUGCUGGAGACGAUUGAAGACCUGAAGCAGUCAGUGGAGCAGACGGGGACUUUUCCUGAACAGGACACAAAGGUCGAGCACAGUUUUACGGCGUCUGCAGCUCUGGUUUCUGCUCUGCAAGCAAAGAUUAAUGCUCUUACUUUGGAGAACCAGCAACUUGCAAGCAAACUGAAGAGACAUCCGUCCCUCCAAGGAAACGAAGACCUGAAGGAGGACAGUCGCCCAGACAGCAUGGCCUCCAACUCCUCCUUCCACUCCACCCAGGAUGACUUUGAAUCUCUUCCACAGGCGGAGAGGGAGGAAGGUACGGGCAGUGUUUCUGUUCAACGAGAGGACGAAGAGAGUGAAGCAGGAAGAGGAGGGAGCAAAGAGGAGAUCAGACUGUUGAGACAGGCACUAGAGGGAGUUCAAACGAAGCUGUUAGAAACCAGGAAGGAGAACCGCUCACUUCAGGCCCAACUGAAACCCGAUAGAGAGGAGUGUGAAGGUGUGAGGGAGAAGGGACGAGAGGCUGAGCUGAUGGAGAGUCUGGCAGAGCUGCAGGCGAAGCUGACAGACACUCAGGAGAGAUACCACCAGGCUGUGGAGGAGGUGGAGGAACUCAGGGUGCUUAUGGGAAGUGGAGAAGGUGAUUCAGUGGAAAAACAGGAGGUGCAGAGACGUUCCUUGUCCACACUUGAACAGGAAGUAAAACAGCUGAAGGUUCAGCUCAUCCAAUCUGCAACCGAGCAGGAGAAAGCAGCACAACGAAUCAGACAGCUGGAGGACGAAGAAGAGAGAGAGGAUGGAAAGGAGAAUAACGAGAGGAAUGCACAGAUUGAGGAGCUGUACAAGGAGGCGCAGGAGGAGAUUAGGAUGCUCCAGGAGGCUCUGAGAGGCACUGUGCCAGUUGAAGCUGCAGCCAAAGACUUUGAAGAAAUGAAGUCUGAGCUGAACGAGGUCAUCAGCGGGCUACAGCGCCGCCUGCUGGAACUCUCACACUCCUACAGUGAAACUAAGAGUCAGCUGAGCACUGCACACAAACAGCUGGCUGAGGCUCAGUCUGAGAGCAGCGCGGCUUCAUCUCCCUCCUCAGAACAACAACAGGUACAGGUGCUGAACAGCAAGGUGGAGGAGCUGCAGACACUAGUAGCUGAGGCAGAGAAGAAGAAUUCAGCCGCUCAAAAGGAGAUUUUACAGUUGAGGCAGGAUGCAGAGGCUCAGGCACAGAGCUCAGUUGCCCUCGCAGACCACACUCAUGUGAUGUCAUCGCUUGGAAAUGCAAUCAAAGAGCUGGAGAGCCAGUCAGAGGCUCUGAAAGAGCAGCUCCAACAGAAAACCCUGCAGGUGGAGGCUCUUCAGAACAGGCUGACAGCGGAGAAAGAUGUCAAUCAAGUGGAUUCAGUGUCCCGUGUGGAGCAUGACACCACUCGAGAGCAACUGGAGGGUGAGGUGAACCACCUGACGCAGCUCCUCCAGGGGGCCCUCAGGAAGCAGGACGAGAUGGCUCUGGAGUCUGCUGAUGUUUGGCAGAAGGCGCGGGAGAACCGUGCAGAGGGGGAGGCCCUGCAGGAGCUGGUGAUGUCCAGGGAGAAGGAGAACCAGACGCUGACCUCCAAGCUGGCUGAGUCCCAGGAUGCAGUGUGUCAGCUCAAACAGCUGGUGGAGAAUCACGUCGCCUCAGAGAGAGAGAAGAACAAGAGGAUAGACGACCUGUCACGGGAGGUCGGAAAGCUAAAGGACGCCUUAAACAGCCUAUCACAGCUCUCCUACACCUCAGGUUCUCCCUCAAAGAGGCUGCAGCAGAACCAGCAGCUGGAGACGAUGCAGCAACAAAUCAAACAGCUACAGUACCAGCUCGCUGAGUCAAAGAAGCAGCACCAUGAGAUAGUGUCAGUCUACAGGAUGCACCUCCUCUACGCUGUCCAGGGUCAGAUGGAUGAAGAUGUCCAGAAAGCCUUGAAGCAGAUCCUGAUGAUGUGCAAGAUGCCAACUCAAGCUAAGGAGGCCUGCUGAGACACACCCGGCUCCCUCAAAGCAUGUUGAGAACUAAAUAAACUGAAGUGACCUGCUGCUCUCAGGUGAAUCUGACGACGCACUAAUGGUCCAAAUUCACAUGUUGCUCGUGCUCCUACAAGCAAGGCCAACGACACAUGGUGCCUCUGGAAAACCCUUGAGUAUUUGUUAAUGAGGAAUCGGUUUACAGUCAUAUGUUUAUGCCUUUGUUAGUGCCAUUUUGACCUGCUAACAUCAUCACUUUGCAUACUCUAAAUCAGCCAUCUGACAUUAAAUGAAAAGCCAAACUUUCAAUUUCAGUUAAUACACAUAAACACUACACUUUGAAUGUGCAGUAACCUUAAAGCACACGUGGUUGAACAAUGCAAAUAUACUUAUGUGUACGCUGACAAACCUACAUGUACUUGUCCACCCAUUGAAAGUACUUUGUUUCUGUUACAAUGCGCUUAGAGAACUAUAGAAUCCUCAGCAGGCGCUGCUGUUAAUAGUAUCGAUUUUAUGAUACAGCAAUGUUUCUUUGUUGUUGCAUUGUUUUGUGGCUGUCAACACUUUGCUGAUACAAUCUAAAUGAUUUGUCCUCUCUUAUCGAUGCAUGUGACUUUAAUCAACGCCUGCCUAAAAAUCACAGAGCUGUUUUUUUUGGCUGCACUUCUAUGAAGAAUAAGCACAAUACUGUCUGUAAUGCUAUUUUCCUAUUAGCACAUAAAAAAUACAAAAUGUAUUGUUAUGGUUGUGUCAUUGAGUUGUGUUUGUUCAGUUACUGUACUAAAUGAAAAGGUUUGAUAGCUAUAUUUGGAUGAAUUAGAGACUUUUCCCCCCCCUAUGUAGUCAAUCCACAUCUGAAAUGGUUUAUUUACCUGUGUUAUUAAUAUUCUGCAUUUAAGGGGGGGGAAUAGAUUUGUUUACUGUAGUAAAAAUAAUUCAGUUGAACACACUUUAACCAACAGGCUCAAGUUUUUUUGCCUUUUAUACUGAGAGGAAACAUUUCUUUUCUCUUUCCGGCUCCUACACUCUGGUCUUUAGUGUCCUACUUUAAAAUGCAUGAAGAUGUGUUGGCUGAAAGCACAAGUUGGGUCAUUUUGACCUUUUUCUGUACAAAUUAUUAAUUUAUUUACAUUUAGCCAGACUUUUUCUCCCCGUAAGUGUUUGUUGUAGGUACGGAUGUUAACUGUGCAGUGUUUGGAAACCCAUAUGAAAUGCAUUUCAUUCAAUGUGUCUUUUGAACUGUUGGCACGCCACACUCCUUUGCCUUAGUAUUGUACUUAAAGCCAUACGCCCGGGGACAUCGACUUCCUUCUGAACAGUGUUUGACUCUAUAGCAUUGAUUGGUAAACUGUUACUUGAUGUAAUGAAUCCUGACUGAAACUCCCAUCCCCAUUUCUCUCUCAGGAACAUUUUUUUUACUGAAAUGAUUUACACCUGAGAUUUGUUCCACCCUGAGUAGAGCUUUUGUACAUUUCAAAGGUCGUAGAGUAUCUCUAACAAUUGAUCUCCCUUCUCUCUCCGUACCUUGACUCAAAUAUUUUGUAACUAGAAAGGGAAAAGAAAAACAACUCUUCUGUUGUUUGUUCACUAAUGGUUUUGUAGUUACAAUUAAAAAAUGCUUCUUUUUUUUGCCAACUGCUAUUUUUGCCUGCAUAAAUACAUUUUCAAGAUACUGUU